GUGAUCUCAUGUGGGUUGUCAAACCACUGACCACUCAGAACUGGACUGCACAACAACAGAGACGGGUCAGCCUCUAAGGCUUCUAUAGGAGGAAUGAUGUUGUGUCUGACAGUUUUGCUGGGUGUGUUGGCUUUGUCAGAAGCACGACCGGAUGCCCUGAGUGAGUUCACUAAGAGAAGUGACCGCAGGAUCUCCGGACACGACACCAGGACGUACUGCGGCAUAAGUGUGGAGCAGUGCGCCGGGCGGUGUCACACGGACUCCGACUACAACUGUCGCUCCUUCGAGCACGACGGAAGCUGCUGCCGAACGAGCGAGUCCAACACAGAGACCGACCCGAGCCAUUACGAGGUACGAAGCGGUACUGACUACUACGAGCUGAAGCCGGGGGCGUGGCUGGAUUACUAUACGGAGUUCAAAAACCACCGCCUCCAGGACUCAGCCAAUCAGGUCCUGUGUAACCUCAAGCCUGACGACUGUGGACGGAAGUGCAUGCAAGCAACGUUUCAAUGCAGGUCCUUCUACUUUGAUCGUUCCUUUGGUUGCUGCUACUUGAGCGACAAGACGCGAUCUUCGGGCUCCUACGUCUCCUCCAGCUCGCACGACUACCACGAGGUGAAAUCUGGCGCAUUGUCCGACUACUUCGAGGUCCAGAGGAGUCACCAACUCGCCAACAACAAUGACCUGGUGUUGUGCAGCGUCAGUGUGGACGACUGUCAGCAACGGUGUCUUCAGGAAACCUCCUUCUCCUGCAAGUCUUUCGACUUCACUCACUCGUGGGGAUGUUGUUAUUUGAGCUCGUCUGACCGAACAACUGCAUCCUCGAGUUAUCAGUCCGCCAGCGGAAUUGACUACUACCAAGUCAAGACAGGCUACCGUUGGCGAACUGACGGGAGAUGUGGACACGGGUACUCGGCAGAUUUGGCGACCCCUGCCGAGUGUAACCCCGAUGGAGACUACUGCUGCGUGAACACCAGGUGUCAGACGGGCACAUGCAGCAGCGGGGCCGAUUAUCGUGGUUGGAACAGAUGCGGCGAGCGAGAGUGCACGUGCUCCUCUAGCGACAAGAGAGUGAGCUGCAACAGCCGCUCUCUGACCUCCGUGGACUUCUUCGUCCCCAGAAGCACAAGAUAUCUAGAUCUGAGUUCUAACGACCUCCAUGGACUUCCAGUGGCCACACUAGCCGGCCUCAACGAGCUCAACACAUUAGACUUGUCCAAUAACCACAUCAGCACCUUGCCCUACGGAAUCAUGGAAGACCUCAGCAGCCUUCAGACAUUGAAGCUAAAUGGCAACACGUUCAGUAACUUCGACAUGGGGAUCGUUCUGAACAUACCCAACUUGAGGAACUUCUACCUGUCGUCGAGCACCCUCGUCCGCUUCACGUGGACCUACCAGCCGGAGACUGUCCCGGGCGUAUCCUGCCCUUCCUCCAACUGUUACUCCGCCUGCGGGGACCCGAGCUACCUGAACGGGCCCCAGGACUGGAGCAGGCUGCAGGCACACCUCGUCAUCAAGAAACUCUACUUCGACUUGUCGGAGCUGUUUUAUUACGUCAGUGACGUCACGCAGUCGGUCACCAUCUAUGCCGACACGGUGGUGACGUCAGUGGGUGUUAGCUUCAACUUCGCGUUGACCAUAAACGCACGCCAGUUCUGGACGGACGACGGCUACUUGUCCUUCAGCCUCCCGAGCGGUCAGCACUCCGGACCCAUGGUCAGCUGUGGCCUACUGGACGACAACUGGCGGCAGAUCAACAUCAAAAUCGGAGACCGUCUGAAGGUGAACCUGGUAACGAACGAGUCUUACGCGAUGCCAUACCCGUGUAGCCAGACGUCCAACUCCGCCCUGACGGUCCAAGCCGACAAGGACGUGCUGGGUCUGGCUGUCCAGUGUGCCCGCAUCCUGGCCGAUAGCCACGACCUGAGCGACCCGCGGAGCCUGCCCCUGACCAUGGUGGACUGGACCAUUGUGCAGGCCCGCAGGGGUGGAGCUAUAGGUGCCGUGCAUCAUGACGCCAUCCAGGCAAGGUCGGAGCUCAAGUUGGCGGGUGCCGGAUACCAUUACGUGCCGUACAUGUCUAUGGCUGUGUACCAGAACAUGCUCAGUAACUACUACAGCCAGAUCAACGUGUACCGGCAGGAGUAUAACCGUCUGAUGGACAGGACCCAGUCCAUCAACGUGCGGCUGGAGGCGGCACGGGCCCUGCUGGCACGUGUCGAUGACGUCACGUACCUACAGGAACAGGACCUGGCUGAUCUGGAGCAGGAGAUUGAGCGCACCAAACAAACCAGGGUGGACAUGAAGGCUCGCUUUGAGGAGUCAAAGGUGGAUCUUGACAGUGCACGACGAGACUUUGAGGAUGGGAUCGAACAGUACAAGCAAGAACAAGCCGCGAAGGCCGCCUUUGGCUUCCUCAGGGCCAUCUUAUCAAUCUUCACGUUAGGUGCUCAACCCCCCGAGGACGACUCAGUCGAGGACAUACAAGAGCUGAUCGGUGCAGUGGUCGACAUUGCCAACACCAUCCAAGAGCUGUCGGGCCUGUUUGACGAUCUUGCCGACUUCGACGCACUUCUCGACGAAACCAUGGCGGCAGUUGAAGACUUGGCGCUAGCGGAGUACGAGAACUACAUCCUGGAUGUCCAACAUGCCGCAGACCUGCACGUGUCGCUGGUGGAGUGGGGGAACCUGAAGGUCGCCGCUGAUGUGCUGCUCGGUCACGGCAACGUGCAGAAGAUCAGGGGCUCCGGGAAGUACCGCCGGGCGCUGUCGGACACUAGCCAAUGGGGGAAGGCCGUGAGUGAGCAGACCAUCGCGCUGGCGCAGAUGAUGGUGCAGUACCAGAGCGGGCAGCGGUGGCUGAAGGCGUCUGAGCGGGAGAGGGACCGCAUCCAGGCGCAGAUCUCUCUGGACGAAAGUCGUCGGGAGAUCAGUCUCGAGACAGAAGCUGCGGCCGGGAUGCAAGCCUUCCAGGUCAAACUUGGCAUGAACAACAUCCUGUUGGACUACUGUGGAUCGUACUUCUACUUCCAGUUCCGGCAGUGCGGCAGUAGCUACAGACCCAGCCUCAGUGACGACAUGCUCACUCUGCUCCAAAAGAUCAACAAUGCCAACCGUGAUGCCCAGGCCAGCUUAGGCAGUUUCACCAGAGUACCACAACCCUUUGACGAUAUCCAGAUCCAUCUGUCUGACUCGAUCAACGCAGAUGACUGCCAGGGUAUCGACAGCUGCCCCAUCGACCAGCUGAAAGAGACUGGUUCCCUCAGCUUCACCUUGGACCUGAGUAACCCCACCUUCAGCGGGUGGGACCGUGUGAGAAUUGAGCGAGUCCGGGCAUAUAUCAGAGGGGCCGACAACACCGGCAGCCACCUGCGCGUUUCCAUCAGCAACAGCGGGGAGUUUCUGGAUCGGUACCAGGGCACGGACUACGAGUUCGCCAGCCUGCCUGUCAAGAGGAGGUUUGAGUACAACCCUAAUGGUCUUCCUGGAAGUGACAUCAUCGUGGAUGGUGAAGUCCACCAGAGUUUCACAGGUUACUUCUUCCAGACCACUCCCUUCACCACCUGGAUCAUCCAGCUCCAGCCCAGUCUGAACCCAGGCCUGGACCUCAGCGGGGUCACACGUGUCGAGAUCCACUUCAAGGGCAGCGUGGUGACAAACUACAGGGGAGUGGAGGUCCCCAAAAGCCUGGUCAUAAACCUGUGAGGCUAGAACUCACACCCAAGCAGGGCUGACAGAAGAUUAAGAUUGAUGUGAAAGAAAAUAAGCCAUUAUGAUAUCUUGAUAUUACACUCAUAUGGACAUAA